CAUUUUGACAGUUCACCAUCAAAAUAUCGUUCUCGGGAAGGAGCUCGGAAAGAAAUCUGGUUACCCUUUCGGCGGCGACUUUCUGUGUUUCUUCGGCACAAAAUGGCUCGUUACGUAGGUUUGGAUAAGCUCGGCAAGCUGUUCAACUAUAUCCGCGACAAUGGAGGCAUUCGUGCCAGUUUGUAUAAGCUGUACAGAAUGGAUGAAAUGAAAUCGGGUCGUUUGGUCGGUGAAGAUAAGUAUGGUAACAAGUACUACGAGGAUCCGUCACAGUUUUAUGGCCGUAACCGUUGGGUAGAGUAUGCAGCGCACUGGAACCUGGAGUACGAUGGUUCCCAAAUCCCGGCUGAAUGGUUCGGUUGGAUGCACUACAAGACUGAUCUGCCACCAAAUCGCGACGGAAACCGUCCGCACUACUCGUGGAUGAUCGAUCAUAGUGAUAAUGUGUCCGGAACUAAAGAUGCCUACAUGCCAUACUCAACAACCCGUCCUAAGGUUGAAGCAUGGGAUCCGAAAAAGUCGCUACCGAAAUGAAGUGUUGGUUUGUUGUGUUAAAUCCAAUAUAAAAGAUUGUAGAAGGUUGUA